AUGCCCUACACCGAAGCCUUCCUAAUGGAAGUCCAGCGCCUGGCGCGCCUAAUACCCCUUGGCGUGACUCAUGCGGCCACUGAGGAUGUGGAAAUCGACGGCUAUCAAUUUCCCAAGGGGACGGUGUUCAUGGCGAGCAUAUGGUCUUGUCACUCGGAUCCCAAGUACUGGCCGGACCCGGAAAAGUUUGAUCCUGGAAGAUUUCUCAAUUCCGACGGGACCUUGAAGACCAAAAUUCCCAGCUUUCUUCCUUUUGCCCUUGGGAAGCGUCAAUGUCUGGGCGAAUCCUUGGCACGCAUGGAGCUUUUCUUGUUCGUGACCAUCUUCAUGCAAAAACUCACAUUUCGGACCACGACGGGACGUCCUCAUCCCAAAGCCGAGAGCGUUGACAGUUUCGCUGUGAAUCCUCCAAAGCCUUUCCAAUUCCUCAUCGAGGAGAGAAAGGAGUAGAACGGGAAUGAUCGAUAUGCACCACGUUGGGAAAAUAUUGAUGUCCUUCAAUACUUCUUCACAGACAUCACGACAAUAUUGUAACAAUGUUCUAACAUUGGCGUCAACCCUGUUACAAUUAUCAAUUACAUGGAAUGUGAAUCCCUAACUCUUUUCACCUUUCUGGAGUAUUUGUCAGGAGCUACAAGAACGUGUUUAUAUGGCUUGUGAA